GAGCGCGCACGUCGGCGCGCGCAGGCCGGCGCAGUAGAAAGGGGAGGGUCAGCUCAUCGCACCCUGGCCCGGCCUCUUUUCGACCUGGCCUAGCAUCCGCUUCCGGUUCUCAGUCUGAAUUGGCGGUGAGCGGAGCCUGAGGUCGCUGGGGACUGCCCACUGGGCCUUGCCGGAGAUGGACAGCCGGAUUCCUUACGAUGACUACCCGGUGGUUUUUCUGCCUGCCUAUGAGAAUCCUCCAGCAUGGAUUCCUCCUCAUGAGAGGGUACACCACCCAGACUACAACAAUGAGUUGACCCAGUUUCUGCCCCGAACCAUCACACUGAAGAAGCCUCCUGGAGCUCAGUUGGGAUUUAACAUCCGAGGAGGAAAGGCCUCCCAGCUAGGCAUCUUCAUCUCCAAGGUGAUUCCUGACUCUGAUGCACAUAGAGCAGGACUUCAGGAAGGGGACCAAGUUUUAGCUGUGAAUGAUGUGGAUUUCCAAGAUAUUGAGCACAGCAAGGUGAGCACAGCACUUGGGCUGUGGUACUGCAAGAAACCAUCUCAAAUAGGACAGAUUGGACAGGAGUAGCCUCGUCUGUAACUU